AACGGACGUCUGAGCGGAACUUUCAAUUGCCAGUCGCAGAUCCGUCGAUCCGUUGAUCGCUGAUUUAUGUUUUCCGAUUUCUGAUCUCAGAUCGAACGCGCAUUAGUAAAAAGAGAUGUGGAGGAAGAUCUUGAUGAUUACAUGACAAGUGAAUAGCAUAACUAAAGAAAAACAAAAACAAAUACAAAAACAAAAAAACAACAACAGUAAAAACAAACGUGCAAGAAGUUGGCAAAGAAGAAAUCGAAAGUAAAAAAAAAACCGUGGCUCAAAAACGCAUAAAUAGAAGACCAAGUGCCGCGCGUUCAGUUUAGUAAUUUGUUUUGUUUGUGUGUGAACCUCAAUUUUUUGUUUGUUUGUUUGUUUGUUAAGUUUAUGGGUAUAUAUAUUUUUUUUGGUUUUGGUUUGGUUGAGCAACAUAAACAAGAGCAACAACAGAAACAACACGAGAAACAAAAACGCCAACAGUAACAAGACUUGGCUCCGUGGACAGAGGCAAGAAACGAAGUGCAACAAGUGCAGUGAGAACAAAACCCAACACAAAGAUGAAAACAUAACAGGAUUUUAUGAUUGGCUUGUUAGAUAAGCUUCCUAUUACAAAAUCGAACUGAUUAAGAAAUUCUUGAGUAGCAGUCUCACGCAUCCUGUCCAAUAAAGGCGCACCGGCUGCGCAGGAAUCGAAACAAAAUGCCAUCUUACAGAUGUAGCGAGAUAAAAGCGCUUCUUCGCAAGGAUAUUCUCGUAAGAUGGCGCCAGAAGUGUCUAACCCUGACGCUGCUCGGUUGGCCCAUUCUCAUCUUUAUGCUGCUCUACAUCAUUCGCCUGAAGUAUGGCUCCGAGCAUGUUGAGGAGUGUCAGUUUCCCACCCGAUUGCUGCCCACAAAAAAUCAAGUUGUGCCCAGCGCCUUCUCCUAUAUAUGCAGCUUGGAGAACAAAUGUCUCAGUACCAGGGAAUAUGAAGAGUAUUCGUUAUGGAAAGAUGCACCCCUGAAUCCUGCCAUCGAUAUAAUCAACAUUCUGGUAACGGAUGAACGUCUGUAUAAAGCCCUUGUGGACCUCCCGGAGAAGGCGAAUUUUAUUAGCGCUGUGACCGCAUUUAUUACCAGCGAUCAUCUGGACUCUAUACGCGGUAAUGUGAGUGCCAUGAUUGCAUUGGUACCGAGGAUUGAAAAGAUGAUGAACUAUAGCUUUGAUAUUACACGAUUGUUUUCGAAUCGCGAAACGUUCGUCAAGUUUGGAAAGUUGCUGUGCGGCCAUCCCUUUCCCAGCACUGAGAGCAUUCCGCUGGUCAACGAUAUUCUAUAUUCGGAGGACUUCAGCGAAGUAAAUGACGACGAACUCGAUGCAAUGCCAACCAAAUACUGUAAGCGCUUGUAUCUGGAUGUGACAUCAACGAACCAGGGCAAGCUAACAUGGAAUACGAUCAAGCCUAUUAUUCAGGGAAAAAUACUCUAUACGCCACCUGAUGCGGACACCGAAUCAAUAAUCAAGUUCACCAAUGCCACCUUUGAGGAAAUGGAUCGGUUCAAAAAUCUAAUAGCGGCAGCAGCCAUGACGUUGACCAAGCUGCGAACGAAUGUGACCUUCCAGGCCGAGUUUGAUAAUCUUCUCAGGCUGGCUCGUUCGCCCCUGGUGAAGAGCUUGGCGGGUGAUGACUUCGAUAUAGCUGAGAUCGAACGUGCCUUUGACUAUGUACGCACCAACAAGCUGAUCUAUGAGAUUAUGACAACCUUGAGCAACAUAGUGGAGUGCCUGUCCGUGGAUCGCUUUGAGCCUGUCUCAAAUGAGAAGGAGUUGGUCCAACGCGCCUAUGAACUGAACCAGAAGCGCCUCUUCUUCGGCGCCCUGCGAUUCGAGAAGGUUGCUGGCAAGAGCGUGGCCUAUAGAAUACACAUGGACACGGACAAUACACAGCCCACGUUCGAGAACCAGAAUCGCUUCUGGUUUCCGGGUCCGGCGGACAGUAUGCUGGUCGAUCUCAAGUACCAUCGUGGCUUUGUCCAGUUGAUGCAGAUGGUCGAUCUGGGCAUAAUCAAACAUAAGCAGAAGGAGCUGGGAAUCGGCGCAGAUGAUCCGCUCACGGAGCCACAACGCAAUACCAUUAAAGUAGAGCGGGUGGAUGAUGACGACUUGAGUCUGGAGGGUAGUGGUGAUGAUUUCUUUGGAUCCGGCUGGGAUACAAAUACAAAAACCUCACGGCUAGAGUUCGACGAGGAGUCAGUCGAACAGACGACGACGUCAACGACAACGACAAACGAAGAGGGUGCCACCCAACUGCCCACAACGAUAGCAACAGAAACCCGGGAGACAAGCACAGACAGUACGAAGCACAUGACGACCACGCAACUCCCGUCGGAUAUCCAGCCGGAGUUGCUGCUUCUAGGCGAUGCUGAUGUGCGACAGCAAAAACCACAGCAACAAAGUGAAAGAGUGCUGGAUCGUGUGAAGCGCCAGGGUCUGCUCAGUAUACUUAAUAGCUUCAUUCAUUCCUCACCCAAAGCCAUCAAGUUCGAAGUAGACGACAUGCGCUUCUAUACCAAACAGUUCCCCUACCCAGCCUAUGAGAACGACGUUUUCAAGCGUGGCUUGUAUUUAGCGCAGGCAGUUCAGGUCGCCUUCUGUCUGGCCCUGAUCGUUGCCGUUGCGAUCUGUGUACGGGAACGCAUCUGGAUGCGGGAGAGUCAUAAUAGCAUGCUAAUGCGCUCGAUGGGUCUGCAUGCCCACUCAGAGGUUAUUGCCUGGACCUUGAUGACUUUUGCCGAGCUAUGCGCCAUCUUUGUGCUCGUCAGCAUUGUAUUAUACAGUGGCGGCAUAAUGGUGUACACGAAUUGGCUCUUCAUGAUGUUAUAUUGCAUGAUUUUUGGCGCAUGCUUGAUUUCAUUCUGCUAUAUGUGCUCCAAUUUCUUUACGGCUGCCAACAUCGGAGCGGUCGCUACGGCGCUCCUAUUCUUCAUUACCUUGUGCCCCUAUAUUAUUGUGCUGCUGUUCGAUACCAAGAUGAGCUUGCUUCAGAACAUUAUCAUCAAUCUGAGCUUCACGACGGCCUUCUCGAAGGGUUGGAGCGAGAUUAUGCGGAUGGAGCUUCAGCAGCAAGGACUCACAUUUGCUGAGUUGUUCCACCGUGGACUGUCCGGUAGUGAGUGCGCUCUGGCCAUAUUCAUGUUUGUUGUGGACAUGCUUUUGUAUGCGGCUAUUGGAUAUGCCUAUAAACGCUGCAAGAAAACUCAUUACAGCUUCGUUAAGGUGACGCGGGAGCACCUGGACGAUAAGCUGGGCGCCUCGCUGAGCAACGUGAGCAAGAUGUAUGGCGAGAAGUUUGCAGUUUCAAACUUCAGUCUGGAUUUUGCGCGCAAUCAGGUCACAUGUCUGCUGGGCCGUAAUGGGGCCGGCAAGAGUACGAUCAUAAAGCUGCUCACCGGACAGUGCAUGCAGAGCAUGGGGAAGGUGCUGCUUGCCUCGCCCGAAGACAAUGUCGGCGUUUGCUGGCAGGAUAAUAUCCUCAUACCGAAUCUGACGGCUCGGGAGCAUCUGCAGCUGUAUGCCAAGAUUAAGCUGCUGCAUAAUGAUGAAGAUGAGGUGCAGAGAACGCUCAGAAGCCUAAAUUUUGGCAAGCAUGAGAGCUACCGUGCCUAUCAGCUAUCUGGCGGAUAUAAGCGUCGUUUGUGUGUUGCCAUUGCCUUUAUCGCCUCGCCCAGCGUGGUUAUUCUGGAUGAGCCGUGCAACGGAGUUGAUGCCAAAGCACGCAAGGAUAUCUGGCAACUGAUCGAACGUCUGCGAGUGGGUCGUGCCGUCAUUUUUGCCACACACUUUCUGGAUGAGGCCAAGCAUCUAAGCGAUAUGGUGGUCGUCAUGCGCAAUGGUCGCAUUCUGGCGCAGCAUAAUCGAGACGCAGUUCAGCGAAUUUGCACCUCAGACUAUACGGUGUCCAUGCGCUGUGGAGAUGCGAUUACGUCUACGGCCGUUGCGCUGCAGGCACAGCAACUGCUUAGCCAAAGCCAAAUGCUGACGCCAAAGGAGCCGCACAACUUGUGUGUCAGCGCCAGCUACGAGCAGAAUCUCACACCGGGCGCCGUGCAGUUCCUCGAAUAUGUGCAGCAACAGGAGGCGGCCAACCUCUUGGGUGAUAUUGCACUUAGUAGCAAUAGCUUGGAGCAGGAGUUCGAACAGUUGAAUCGUGGUGGUGAGCACUCCAAUGGCUUGAGCACGCAGAAUGGUGCGCAUGCGCAGACGGCAAGCAUUGUGGCUGGGCAACAGGACUUGGAGGAUGAACCGCUUUCGAGUCUGGGGCAAAUGUGUCAGCUCUUCGGUAAGCGUCUGCGUCACUUCACACGCAACUAUCGGCUGCUCCUGUACGUGCUGCUCCUGCCUGCCAUCUUUGAGAUUUGUGCCAUGUGGUUUGUCAGCUAUCGCCUUGAGGAUGACUUUGAUACGGUACUGCCACUAAGUCGUGCCCUCUAUCCACGUACAACGCAAAUGCUCAGCUUAGAGCGUCCAACGGACUUCACUGGCGCACUCUAUGAGAAUUUGAAAUCGUCUUGCAGCGAUGCUGGGCCGGACAAUGAGACUGGUUUCGAUUGCCAUGAGUUUACCAAUUCACGACAGGCCUUCAGUUGGAUACUGACCAGCCUGCCAGAGUAUCGAGGUCGGCGGUAUGGCGGCUAUGGACUGAAUGGCAGUGGUGCCACAGUAUGGUACAACAACAAGGGAUACCAUGCCAUGAUGGCUUGGUUGAAUGGCCUUAACACGCAACUGCUACGCACCACUGUGAACGACACAGACUACAGCAUAACCGUUCGCAACGAGCCCUGGAAACUUGGCUUUGCAGAGCUGAGCACAACAUCGGUGCUCCGACAGGCGGGUGACUCCUGCAUGGUCUUCAUAUUACUUAUUGCCUUUGGUCUGGUAGUGGCUUCCGCCUCGGUCUAUCUGGUGAACGAGCGGGUGAAUGGCGAGAAGCUGCAGCAGCGUCUGAGUGGUGUGAGUGCGAUCAACUACUGGCUGGUGGCCUUCAUCUGGGAUUACCUGAUCAUGAUGGUCGCACUAGGUGUUUGUCUGAGCAUUGUGCUGGUCUUUGGCAUGCCAGUCUUUGUGGAUCGCCAGCAGCUGAGUGGCAUUAUUGCGCUCUCCAUGAUGUUCAGCUUUGCUUGUGUGCCGGCCGUGCAUGUGUUUGAGAAGGUCUUUAGCGAUUCCAGCAUCUCCAUUGUAUCCAUUUUCUGCGCGAAUAUCAUUAUACCACUAGUCACUAUGGGCAUCAUACUUAUCCUGGGAGUGGUGGGCGAGGGUCCAGUGUGGGACGAGUGGCGUCAUGCCCUUAACCAUGCAUUCCUUGUCUUUCCACAACAUGCCUUAGGCGACGGUCUACUUGAGAUCACCAAGAACUAUCAGGUCGCUCUGAUAUUCCGGCGUUACGACAUCAACUCCUAUAAGAAUCCCGUGUUCAGUGAUCUUCUGCAACGACACUUUGUUGCCCUCGGCCUAUUAGGGGUGAUAGGCGUGUUGCUCAAUGUACUUAUCGAGUGCCACGUCCUGCAGCGUCUGUGGCUCCACAUAGUCCGCACCAUCGACUGGCAGUACAAACAGGAGCUGCGCAAGUUGGGCCAACUGAAGCUCGUGUCCAUUCAAAGCAUCUUCAAGAGUCCUGAGAGCAACAGUGAGGCACUGCGCGUAGAUAAUCUUUGUCUGGCCUAUUGCCGAGGUCGCUAUGCGGUGCGAAAUGUGCACUUUGGGGUCCAGAGAGGCGAGUGCUUUGGCCUUCUAGGCAAGAAUGGAGCUGGCAAAUCGACCAUCUUCAAAAUGCUUACACGACAGCUGGAGCCCAAUGUAGGGGAGAUUUAUUAUGAGCAUCCAAGCAUCUCCUACUGCCCCCAAAGUAAUCCUUUGGACCCUCUGUUGACCGUGACCGAAUGUAUUCUCUUCUAUGGCAAGCUACGCGGCAUAAAGAAUCUUCCCCAGCUGGUCGAAAACAUCCUGGACCUGUACGAGCUGAGCAAGUAUCGUCAUGUCCAGGUCAAGAAUCUGAGUGGUGGCAAUCGAAGGAAACUAACCGUGGCCAUUACCUGUUGUGGCUACACACCCACCGUUCUGAUGGAUGAGCCCACCAGCGACAUGGAUCCGGUGACCCGAGCGUACGUCUACCGCACCAUCCACGAACUGCUGGAGGCCAGACGCGCCAUCGUGCUGACAUCCCACUCCAUAUCCGAGAUCGAGCACCUGUGCCAGCGCGUGGCGGUGCUCAAGGAUGGCCAGAUCGUGACCAGCAGCAGUCCGGCACAGCUGAAGGCGCAGUACGGUGGUUACUACAGUGUGACCUGCUAUUGUACGCCCGAGCAGCAGACGACGCUGGCCCGUCUGGUGGAGGCGCAGCUGCACAAGGUCUGUGACCUGCAGCAUUACACGCACAGCAUGCACUUCCUGGUCAAGGUGCGUCCCGUUGAGAUAGCUGCGGACAAUGCGGGCGCUGCCGAUCUGAAGAGGCUUCCCCUGCUCUCCGAACUCUUUGUGGCUGUGCGCGACAUGGCAGCCAGCUUUGAGAGGCCCGUGCGCUUCGCCAUCAACUGCUGUCGCUUCGAGGCGGUCUUCGAGCGAAUUCUAGACAGCUGUGAUCAUCCGAGCGCCAACGGCACUAGUGGUGUUGGUGCGCUUCCGAAUGGGGUGGACUUGCUGGCCAAGUCGCCGGCAGUGAGCGGCUCACUGGCCACUGGCUAUGUCCACAAUGGCUACGAGGAGACCUCUACUUAGAUGCACAAAUAUGGUUAGCUGUUUUAAUUUAUUUGCGCUCCUCUUCUUUCUCACUGUCUGGUCCAAAACCUACUGAAUUGGAAUUUUAAAGGAACCUUUAAACUAACUAUUGAUGGAGAACCGUUUCGCACUAUUUGCAGCUCUAGCCAGAUUUUAAAGAAAUUAGCCCUUUUCUUUUUUUUAGUAUACAACGCAAGUUAAAACGCGAACGCGGCUUUUAGUAUGUUUUUGUAUGUGUGUCCUGAUUGAAUUGUAACUGUUUUUGUUUUCUUAAUACGUAGUUGACGCUUUUUAAUGUGAUAAGCUCGGAUGCGUCCCUACCUCUUGGGCAUCCCAGUGAUAGGACGUAUUGUUUGCUGUCUUUAUUUUAUUGUAUCUCCUGUUUUCCAAUCCACGUUUUGUCCAUCAUUUCGGGUGUUCUGUAGUAGUCCUAAGUCCUUAGUUUAAGGCCCCUGUUUUUGCCAGCCUAAUUUUAAAUCAUAUUUGUAUAACCGCACUGAUUGAUUCUAAAUGGAGUUCGUUUAUGUGACGCAACGCUUCGUGUUCGCUUCGGCGUCGCGUUUCAGGUUUUUUUUUUUAUUAUUUUUUUAAAUAUAUUGUUUUUAGGCAAUCCAAAGCUUUAUAAUUCGUGGACGUGCCCAAUGUUCCCUUAAAUACUUGUAAAGCAACGACGACUGCAAUGUUUGCGCCGCUCAGCGUUAACGGAUCCUUUAUUGCACUCGUCGUGCUCCCUUCGCUGUAUAGGUUGAUCGCAUGGAUCGUGCUUUAACUUUGUGUACGCAUAAUUAUUAAGGCUUUAAAAUCAUAUGAAUGUUGAUGGUACAAUAUAAAUAAAAAUACUUGUAAUACAUAUUUAUGCCGAAGAUCCUUAUAGGAUUAGUGGCGCUU